AUGCUGCAGAAAGAGGAAAGACAGGGGACCAAAGGGACACAGACAAAAGGGGACCCCCCCAGCUUGGAAACCCCCAUCGUCACAUCCAGCCUGGCAUGGGUUUUCCCCACCUUCAUCUUGACAGCUGCCCCUUUCACCACUACCUCUCCCUAUUCCACCAUGCAGGAAACACACGGAAAGCAAAGCCAGAGGAUCCAGACCCUGCAAACCCUUCUCCGGACCUGUCCUGAGUCUCCUUUUCAUCUCUGGCAUCUAUUAGCAUCCAGAGAAAAGAGAGAGCAGGAUUUCCCAGCAGCAGUUCUGCAACAGCUCGAGCACCGGGGACACGCGCGGCAGACCGCCCCAGACGCCUCAAGGCUGCGCGCGAAGACACCGCGCAGGCAGACGCACAGACGGGGCUCCCCCACCCAGGACGCGGUGGCGGCGGCGACGGGGUGGGAAGCCCAGGAAACCCCGGGUUCCCGUCGGAACCCGCCCGGCACCAAGGCCCCUCCCGCAGCGCCUAUCAAGAGCAGGCCCUGGGGACCCUAUGCCUGCGGGAGCCAGGGACUCCCCAAAAAACCCGGAGAGAGGUUACCUCGCAGUGGGGGGACGCAACCCGUUGGGAGUGCCCGCGGGCACGGCGUCUGCCCUAACCCGGACCCUGGGUACCGCUUGGCAUCGGGGGUACGGGGUCCCCGGAGAGGAGCCGUCCGGGGGGCCGCGGCUCAGGGGCGCGGGGCGACGGCAGCGGCCAUAUCGAGUCACGUGCGGAGGCUGAAACUUUACCCGGAGCCCCAGACUGGGGGGGGAGGAGGGUACGGAGCAGGGUGGAGGGAGGCCCUUUCCCUCAGACCCGCCCCCCUCCGCCCACGGACCAAUCAUCAGUCAGAGGCGGGUCCGUAGGAUCACGCCCAGCCGCCCCGCCUCCUAAUAGACCAAGGGAAGGGCGAGUCUUAAAGGAGCCCUCCUAGCUCAAGGCUGGACCGUGGGAAUCUGGGAGAAUCCCUCCCUCA